AUGACCAACCCCGAGUGGAAAUCUGUGGGCAAUGGGCACCUCGAAGGACCUUUACCAGUUCCGGAUCUGGAUGCUUCGAAACUCACUGUCACUCUAAGUAAAUCUCUUAAGCCGAUACCCUAUCCUGAAAGCCUCGUCUUUGGUAGUACAAUGACAGACCACAUGCUUGUUGCCUCCUUCGAUCCUGUAACUGGAUGGUCCGCACCGGAAAUCAAGCCCUAUGGUCCGUUUACGUUGGACCCGGCUUCUAGUUGUUUUCAAUAUGCAACGAAUACAUUUGAAGGGAUGAAGGCUUACAUUGGUCCUGAUGGUGCGCCACGGCUGUUUAGACCAGAGAAGAAUAUGGCGCGUCUUGCACGAUCAGCUGAAAGGCUUGCCCUACCGCCUUUCAACCCGAACGCGUUGUUGGAGUUGAUUAAAAAAUUGGUCGCUAUUGACCAAAGAUGGAUCCCUGACAUCGAAGGUUAUAGUUUGUAUAUUCGACCUACUAUCAUCGGAACUCGAUCAGCUCUGGGUGUCUCCGCCUCCGACCAUUCCCUCCUCUAUGUCAUUUUAUCUCCUACAGGCCCAUAUUUCCGCACAGGACCGAAACCUAUCUCCUUACUAGCCGCCGCAGAAAACGUUCGGUCAUGGCCUGGUGGAACAGGAUCGCACAAGGUCGCGGGGAACUACUCUCCGGGAUUCUUGCCACAGCGGAUGGCAGCGAAGCAAGGGUAUGACCAGAUCUUGUGGCUAUUAAGGGAUGAGCUUGAGUGGAAGGUUACGGAGGCGGGUGCAAUGAACAUCUUCGCUGUUAUAGGAAGAGAAGAUGGUGAUAUUGACCUUAUCACUCCUCCCUUGGAUGGAACCAUAUUGCCUGGUGUCACCCGAGAAUCCGUUCUGGCCAUUGCCAAAGCACAUUCAGCUGGAAAACUUACCCUUCCUGGUGUAUACUCUACUCAACGUCUAUACCCGCAAGAACGAGCAUUCACCAUUGCUGACAUGGACCAGUGGCUUGCGGAUGACAUAUUACAAGAAAUGUUUGCUGUAGGCACAGCUGUUGUUCUCACACCUAUAGGUCGUGUUGGGUUCCAGGACGACGUAAAGAAGCCGGCGAGGGACUUGGUCUUACCGUUGCAUGAAGGUGGUAUGGGCCCUGUAAGCCGAGCUAUGUGGCAGAUGAUUGUCGACAUACAAAAGGGAAGGUUCGAGUGGGAGGGAUGGUGUGUUCGUUGUGAGGAAUAG